UUGUAAGAUUGUCAUCAAAAGAAGAGCACUUGUAUCUUAUCUUGGCAAAUUUAGCAAAUCAUAACGAUGAUUUAUUAUUGAUUGUGAGGAGCAUCUCAUCGUUCGCACGGUUAUUUAAUAAUUUGUUCUCUCGCAUCCAAGAAUCGUCAAUGAAAUGUUUACAUGCAGCAUCGAAGAAAUCUUCUUUCAUCGAGGUUAUCGUUCCUGCGACCUCAUUGUGUUUAUUAUUACAUGUUGGAAAUGUGCAUCGAUUGUAUUGCUAUAAUUUACUGAAUCUGUCGAGAGAACAAAUCUGGGUGACGCGCGAGAACCUCGCAAUUAUAGUUUUAUUUUCGUGACUUUUUUUAUGUUACAAAAGUAGCAUUUCUUACGUGAAUAUUUAAAGAUAUACGAUAAAGCAGCAAGAGGUUAGAGUUAGAGGUAGAGGUUAAAAGUGGUUCAAUUUUAUUUCUAUAGAAAAACGGUAUUUGUGGAAAUCGGUGAAAAGAUGCGCGUAGCAAUCGUGGGUGCUGGUGUAAUAGGAGUAACAAGCGCAUUCACAGUGAAAAACGCUUUUCCGAGUUAUGACGUGAAGAUCUUUGCCGACGCAUUCUCGCCUGACACCACUGGUGAUGGAAGUGCCGGUCUAUGGGGUCCUAUCUAUCUCGGCGAUACACCUAUCGACAAUAUAACUCGAUGGGCUGGCUGCACGCAUCAAUGGUUUGAACAAUUGUGGAAAGCUGGGUUAUCAUCGAAAACAGGUGUUUCUUUACUACCUGUAACUCGUGUUACUAGCGAUUACAAAGACGACAUUGAUCCAAAAUGGGCGAAACUUGUCUACGGAUUCCAAGAGAUUACUGAUGAAAAAAUACAACGUUUGAAUGAAGAACAUAAAUCUAAUUAUAAACAAGGUUGGAAUUUUAUAACUUACACCGCUGAGCCGGUUUUGCUAUUGCCGUGGCUUAUGGAAAAAUUUAUCGCUUUGGGCGGAAAAGUGGAAAAGAGAAAGAUUAGAACAUUGGACGAAUUAGCCGAGGAAGGAUAUGAUUUAAUAAUAAAUUGCAGCGGACUUGGCGCACGAGAGCUUGUCCCGGAUAAAACAAUGACACCUAUUAGAGGUCAGGUGUAUAGGGUAAAAGCACCUUGGGCGCUGCAUUGUUUCAUUGCGGAUGACGAGUCUUGCAAUUACAUUAUUCCUAACAUCCAUAGUGUUGUAUUGGGCGGUACGCAUCAAGAAGGUGAUUUUGAUUAUUUCGUAAGGGAGGAAGAUUCUAAACACAUUUACGAUGGAUGUUGCCGCAUAAUGCCGUCUCUAAAAACCUGUCAAAUAAUUCGCUCAUGGGUAGGUCUUCGACCAGGACGCCCGCAAGUUCGUUUGGAAUGUGAAACGCUCAAUUCACCUAUGGGAAAAGAAAUCAAGGUGAUACACAAUUACGGUCACGGCGGAAGUGGCGUGACGUUGUGCUGGGGGUGUGCCACAGACGUCGUGGAAAUGAUAAGAAACUUGAAAGUACAAGAAUUAAACUCCAAACUGUAACUCUCCAGGGACAGAAUAAACUUUUUAUCCUUCA